UCAGCCCACGUGGGACAAAAACCGGCCCGGUUCUUCUCCUCCCCGGUUUGCCCGUCAGCAUGGUGCUAGCCCCGGCUCAGGCCUCGGGGGCCGAAGGGGAUCGGGUAAACACUCCCUGAGAAGCGGGGGGCGAUGGCAGGUCUAGGAAACCAGGAGAAUAUAUUCCUGUAACAAUGGCAGCAAAAUCAUCACUCCUUAAAGUAAUACUGCUAGGAGAUGGUGGAGUUGGGAAGAGUUCCCUUAUGAACCGAUACGUCACCAACAAGUUUGAUGCACAGCUGUUUCAUACAAUAGGUGUGGAAUUCUUAAAUAAAGAGUUGGAAGUUGAUGGACAUUUUGUUACAAUGCAGAUAUGGGACACAGCAGGUCAGGAACGUUUUAGGAGCUUACGGACUCCUUUCUAUAGAGGUUCUGACUGUUGCCUUCUAACCUUCAGUGUGGAUGACUCUCAGAGCUUCCAAAACUUAAGCAACUGGAAGAAAGAAUUCAUUUAUUAUGCAGAUGUCAAGGAGCCUGAAAGUUUCCCAUUUGUGAUACUGGGUAACAAAAUUGAUAUUGAUGAAAGGCAAGUGUCAACAGAAGAAGCCCAAGACUGGUGCAGAAAUAAUGGCAACCAUCCCUAUUUUGAAACCAGUGCGAAAGAUGCUACUAAUGUUGCAGCAGCCUUUGAAGAAGCUGUCAGAAGAGUUCUAGCGUCUGAAGACAGAUCAGAUCACUUUAUUCAAACGGAUACAGUAAACCUUCAUCGGAAACCGAAACCCAGUUCAUCUUGUUGCUGACUUAAAUCAUUUUUUUGGCCAAAUUACUUUUGACUAGCUUGCUCUAUGGAAGGAUGGGGAAGGUGUAGUAGAUAAAAUAACAAACGGGUUCUACUCUGUGUUAAAAUUGUAAUAUUCUGCUGCUUUCUUGGGGGAGCAAAAGAAAAAUUUUCAUUCAUGAGUGACCCAUUAUUGAAUUAGUGACACCUUCUGUUUAGGAAGGUGUCAAGUAAAAACCUUAAUAUAAGAAUGUAAUUUGCCAACUUUAUUCAAGUGAUAAAUACUUCGAAUAUAAUUAAAACUUGAAAGUUCUAGAAGCACUACUUUGGAGAAACUGUUCUGGAAUUCAUGCACAAAGAUACUUUUAUAUGUGUAUAUUUUUAUGAAAUCAGCAUUCCGUUGUUUCACUAGAAGUCAAGUUUCUUAACUAUGCUAGAUAUUAAACUCAGUCUCACUACAUUCCUUUUGCUGUGAGUGGUACUUCCUCUCUAGUAUGUUUAUUGUAAGUUAAUAUAAAUUACCUUCAGGUUUUCUCUAAUUGCCUAAUGUUGCUAUAAUUUGUAUAGAUUUUUAAGUAGGAAAUAAAUUUCCUACAUAUUUAAAAAUCCAUUUUCAUUUUCUAUUCUAAUGCUGUACUAAUUUGCCCAGCAGCUUAACGCAAGAGACUGAUGAUUUUUUUAAGUUAAUACAUGUAUUUGCCUUAAGCCCCACUCUAGCGUGUUUCUGAUCAAUAAGGUGAAAAAUCAAGAGUAACUGAAGUAUAAUCAUUUUUAGUUAUGAAGAAGAUACACUUUAUUGAGUCAGCUUUAAUAGCACUUGAACGGAUCCACAUUAUGACAAGUUUGUAGGAAAACUUUUCGUAAAGAGCCUUAAAGUUCCAAACUUCUUGUUCCUGUUAACAUGAGCUAUCAGUGUGUUUACUAGUAAUCUCUGCACUGUGAAACUAAGGAUUGGCAAUACGUAGAAAACUCAGGAAGCUUUUGACUUAUGUUAUAUUGUGACAGCUUUCAGCCCUAAUACAAGUAAAUACAUACAGCUAGUGUUAUUUUUUGAAUAUGGACUUAUACAGACGUACACAUUUAAGAUGAUGUGUUUUAUAUUACUGUACUCAUUAUACAGUGAUGAACAGAAGCAAAUUAUAUAUUUAAUGGACAGUCUUUCUGCAGUGAUGCAGAUGACACCACAGAAGGUGCAUUUGAAGUUCUCCAUUACAGUUAAGUGGUAGAAUAUGAGUUGUUGGUGAGUGUCGGCUCUUGGAGUACCCACUGUCCUUGUAAUAGCAAACUUGAUAGUGUACUAUUGCUUCAAAUGUGUAAUUGGACUGUUAACCAGCAUGCGCAUACUCACAUUGUGGACUUCAAAAGAAAGUCUGUGGCCUAUGGGAACAGGCUAUGUUAUUCAUUAAGCUACACAGACUCUGUUUUCUGUACAGUAAGGUUUUUUGUUCCAAUAGAAAAGCCUUUCUUGAGAGUACAGUAACAGCAAAAGUUUUCUCUUAACGUAUCUCUUCAGUCUGUACCAGGUUUAAUUGUAUGGAAGUAAAGCUUACAGAACAAACCCUGCUUGUUGCUCUUAAUCCACUUUUCUGUAUUGUAUUCUUUCUUGAAUCUAGGACAACUUUACUCCAUAGAUCUGCUGCUCCUGCUUAAAAUCACUUAAAAGUGAUACCUUUUUACCUUUUGUACAUUCCUAAGUCUCAUUCAUUCUUGCAGUCCUGCAUAUACAGCAACAGAACUGUAUAAGCUUCUGGUGUAAGCUUCGGUCACCUAACAGCUAAAUACAGGGUGAGCUGCUACUUCUGUUAUUUCUAGUGAAUGAAUAAAAAGAUCUGUGAAGAAAAUAAAUUCCUCUUAGGAUUAAGCCAAGAGCAAAAAGCUUUAAAGGCAAAGAUUGCUUGCAUUGGGAACUACUAAGCUAGUGAUGUGAAAUAGUUGUAAAACUACUACAUUACUACUAAAAGCUUCCUUUAAUGAUUAUUUUGGCAGAGGUUAAAGUUGAAACAAAGCAGGAGGUUAAGUUUCCAUGA